AUGCCUGUGAUCCUCCGUCGCCCUUGCUUUCCUGUUGCAGCACCUCGUGUCUACGGUGCUCGUCUCAUUCAUAGUCUUAUUCUUCCCACUUAUGUACACAUGCUAUGCCUUGGUGCAUGGUCAGAUCAUGGUGAGAGGACUGAUGAUUUCUAUGCUUGUAACCGUUAUGAAGCAGCUAAUAAAAAGGGAGUUUAUGAUGAAACUGAGAGAAGAAGAGAAAUGGCAAAGCAUUCUCUGGAGAGAUACACUCAUUAUUAUGAAUGUUGGGCAAGAAAUCAGUUGAUGGAGAAGCUUAGUGACAUACAGCGAGGAGCUGAGUCUCAGCUCAAGUUCAUAACUGAUACCUGGCAGAAGUACACGGACAACGGUCAAGAUGAAGGUGCAGACGAACAUAAAAAGAAGGUGGUCACCAUCCUUGAUGACUUGGGAGAAGUUUGA